AUGCUGUUGGAAUUAGAAACACAGUCACUGAACAAUAAGCAGAAAAGAAGAAGGAAUGAUAAUAAAGAGGACAAUCACCAUUCUCCCCAGUCCAAAAGGAGUAAGAGAAACCCUGUUUUUCAGGAGUCUCAGGACACACAAAUAAGCAUA